GUUGAAAUACACUUGGCUUCCGUGAACGAUUGAAAAGUACACUCUGCUGUUGGAGGCUUCGUCAUCUCCUUGGUUUCUUCGGCUUACUAGCUCAGCUCUCACCGUGUUGUAUCUUUCGAAUUUAUUGUAGAAGUCCACUACGCUCAACCGGGACACAGCAGCUACAACCCACUCCGUCCAAACAAUUAACGUCUCCGUGGGUUAUAUAAAUAAUCUGUAGCAGAGGACUUAAACUUUAUUUCCAAAUGAGUAAUCUGCAAUUCGCUUGCAAUGUCUGCAAUGUGCGGUGUGAUACUGAAAAUGUUCUCAGAUUACAUGAACAAGGCAAAAAGCAUCGUUUAAAAUGCCUUAGUUUGCAAAAAUCUAACUCAGUCAGUCAUAUUCACCAACCACUGAAAGUUUCACUACCAGUACUUACCACACCUGAAUCGUCUCCCAAAGAUCUAUCUUGGGAUAUGUGUAAGCCAUCUUCAAGAGCACUGAAAAAUUCAACUCCUGAUCAUGAAUCACCUGUAAACAUGGUUUCUAUUGAUUCGAACUCAAAAUAUUUUAAUGCAGAUAUGAAGCAAAAGUUUUUGUUACCUGAUGGCAGUCUCUUUUGUUCUUCGUGUGAUGUAAAAAUGAAUUCUUGGGAGCAAUUAGCCGCUCAUAUUGGUGGACGUAAACACCAAAGUAAAUCAAAUGUCAACACAAUAGACAGCAAAAAUUUGGAAACCACAAACACAUUACUGGAUGGCGAUGAUUCAAAGAGUAUUUUCUAUCGAUGUGAAGAUUGUGAAGCGAUAGUAUUUCGUUCAGCGAUGCAAGAACAUUUAAACUCUGAAGAGCAUAAAUUGGGAACUGCCAAAAUCCAUGGAAGCUCAGUAAUAGGUUUCGAUUAUAUCCUUCCACUACGGGAAUAUCGUCGCUCGUGUCAAGAAGUUUUGUGUCCUGUAUGGCCUUCAGUGAAAUUUACUGAUGCGGAGGCUAACCUUUUAUUGGAAGCAGCGAAGAAUGAUGAUGAUUGCAUUUUACUCUUGUCAUCAUGUGAUGGUCGAUCACGUGUUGGCUUACAUUUAGCCAAUGCCCUGUUGAUCGCUAAUCGGAAUUUCCCUCCGUCCAAUAAUUUUGGUAGUUCAUUGAAACCGAGUACUAGUACUACUCCGACUGAUAUUACGUGUGUGCUAUGGAUUGCACCUGAGACACCAAUGACUACAGCUACAAAUCGUUCUCAUUCUACGUUCACAUUUCAGCCGGGUGGUGAGAAAAGUUCAACUGGGCGUCCAUUGAUUUUUGCAUAUCCACCGUUCGAUCCGUCAGUCCUAUCAGAAACUGAUAUCGUGAGAACAAAUUCAGGUGGCUUUAUAACACAUUUAGCCUGGUUACUUAUGCAACAGAAGUUUUUAUGCGGUAUCAUUAUCGAGGAUGUGAAAAUCGUAUCUAAAGAUGUAGAGUUUUGUCAAUUGCUCACAUGUUUUCUAAAAGUUUACUCUCGUCAGGUUAAUCGUGGUCGAAUAAUUUGUUUCAAUGAAUCAAAAGUUGAACCUGGCAGUAUAUUCUCGUCUUUCGCACAGUACGAGUAACAUGAAUAAAUGAUGAAUAUUAUUGUGACAGUUGAUGGCGAGGAGGACGAUGAAACAUACGAAAAUUGAUUCCAGUGUUAAUUAUUCAGAUUUUUGUUUUGCUAAUUAUAAUCACUUCUGAUUGAUGUUUCUGUACAUUUUUUUCAACUUCUUUCAUGACUACUAAGUACCAUUAUAACAACAACAACAACUACUACUACUACUACUGAGACGAGACUUUGAUGUUUUGUUUGUCUGCUUAUUUGCUUGCUUGCUGGAACAAAUUAGAAUCAUGCUUGUAUAAUUUUUAAAAGAAAAUCGCUUGUUUCGCUUUUGCUGCUCUCUUUGCUUUUCUUCAUUAUUCAUACACCGAAAAGAGACUCGUCGCUGAACUACUGUGGUCGGUCGGCUGGUUAUCUCUUUUCCAACCUGAUCCAUCCUAUUUCAGCUGACAUUGCCCGUAGAGGAAUUGUUGUUGAUGCAAUGCUGAGCUGUGAAAAUAGUAUUCAGACGUUGGUGUUACACCAGCAAAUACAACGGUUCUAACUAUAUGAGAAUAAAAUUCUGUUGGAACCCACUGUCUGUAUCACACCACCACCACAAUAUGAUUUUGAGGAAUAAUUCAUGCUCGAAACACGUCAUCCAUUUUAAGAGAAUGAAAUAUCUCCAUAUCAUGAAUUAAAAGUCAAUCUGAAAGAAGAAUAUUCUUUUCAAUAAUUUCUCCUCUUCAGGUUCUCACAAUUAGAAAAUAGAAUAUUUGUUGUCGUCACAAUAAUGAUAGCCAGUUAUGCAGCGGAUACAUUUUUUACGUAGAAUAACAGAUUAGUUUAGGGGGUGACAAAAUAAGUAGUAGUAUUUGUGUGACAAACGUGCUCUGGGCUGAAAUCGAUUACAAAAUAUUUCUGUGAAAUGGAACCCAGUGGUGGUGAUUAGUAGUGAGUCAUAAUAGAUUCGUAGAAUAUGGGGUAGGGCGGCGAAAAAUUGACACCAACACAACCUUCAAGGUGAUAUACCGAAUUCCGAAGUCGUUAUCAUGUAUAGUUUGCUUACGUCUGCUACACAUAGCUGAAGCUGUUGCAAUAAGAUCGACUACACCGGAACUUUGUAUCCAAAAAGAACACAUCCAGACGCUGUCCCUACCGUGGUUAAACUUGGAUAAAUGAUUCUUCUUCUCAACAGGAGUGCUUAUUCCCCAUAGGCCUAUUGGUUAUUUUCUUUCUUUCUUUGCUUAUAAUUAUUAUUCGUCAUAAAUUUAUACCCAUCAUUUGAACAUUCUCUGAAUACCAUCGAAUUUUCCAUUUAUACUAUCCGGACUUAUUAUUAUUAUUAUUAGUGGUAUUAUCUCUUUUCUCAAUAUAUGCCUCCACCUGUUCCAUUUCACACAUUGGUUAUGUCAUGAUGAACUUCUCAUUUCAAUCUUACUAUCUCCUCUUUAAUACAUACUAUAUUGUACUAGCCACUCACUCACCUGACACCUUUUAUAACCUUGAACUGACUUUUCAAUUUCUCCUACCCCACAUUCUAAGAAUCUAUUAUGACUCACUACUAA